AUGACAGCGCGCGCUGCUCUUGCGUGGAGCUGCUUGGCUUUUCUCUCCUGCGCGUUCUGCGCCGUCACGGACAACCAUGUGCACUCCAGCUUCAUCUACAGGCGCUUGCGCAAUCACGAGCGCAGGGAGAUCCAGAGAGAGAUCCUCUCCAUCCUGGGCUUGCCCCACCGGCCGAGGCCCUUCUCUCCCGGGAAGCAGGCGUCCUCCGCGCCGCUCUUCAUGCUCGACCUCUACAACGCCAUGGCCGUGGAGGAGGAAGAGGAGGAGGAGGAGGAGGUGGUGGUGGCGAGGGGGAUGCAUCAGGGCGCAGGGAAGAGCCUCGGUGCUAAGGCUCAGGGACACUCCAGGAAAAGUUACUACAGCCCCCAGCAUGCGGGCUACACCCGCGUGGCACAGCCCUACCGGGCUCCUCUGCUGGGCCACAGUCCGACUCUCACCACGGCGCAAGACACCAACUUCCUCAAUGACGCAGACAUGGUCAUGAGUUUUGUCAAUUUGGUGGAGAAAGAUAAAGAUUUUUCUCACCAAAGACGACACUACAAGGAGUUUCGUUUUGACCUGACUCAGAUCCCAGACGGAGAGGCGGUGACAGCAGCCGAGUUCAGGAUCUAUAAGGACCGCGGUCACACCCGCUACAACAAUAUCACCCUCAAAGUCAUGAUAUAUCAAGUCAUCAAGGAAUAUCAAAACAAAGAUGCAGAGACAUUUUUGCUCGACUCCAAAAAGGUCCAGGCAUCUGAUGGGGGGUGGUUAGUGUUCGACAUAACAGCCACCAGCAACCACUGGGUGAUGAACCCACAGCAGAACUUCGGCCUUCAGCUCUGUGUGGAGACUAUAGAUGGACGGAGUAUCAACAUUAAAUCUGCUGGAAUCAUCGGGAGGAACGGGCCCCAGUCCAAACAGCCGUUCAUGGUUGCUUUCUUUAAGGCCAGCGGGGUGUUGCUUCGCUCCGUCCGAGCUGCCGGUGGGAAAAAGAAGAACCACAAUCGCAAUAAAUCCAACAAUCAACAAGAAACAUCAAGGACGCCAAAACCCGGAGAUUAUAACACCAGUGAACAGAAGCAGGCCUGUAGGAAGCACGAGCUGUACGUCAGUUUUCGAGACCUGGGCUGGCAGGACUGGAUUAUUGCACCUGAGGGAUAUGCAGCAUUUUACUGUGAUGGUGAAUGUUCGUUUCCGCUCAACGCUCACAUGAAUGCAACAAAUCAUGCAAUUGUGCAAACCCUGGUUCAUUUAAUGUUUCCAAACAAUGUGCCAAAGCCGUGCUGUGCCCCAACCAAGCUCAACGCCAUAUCGGUGCUCUACUUUGAUGACAGCUCCAAUGUUAUUCUGAAAAAAUAUAGAAAUAUGGUGGUCAGGUCUUGUGGGUGCCAUUAGUUUCGA